UUCUUUCCGUUCAAUUCAUCAAAAAAACAUUAUUUAACUCAAGAGAGUCCAACAUCAAUUGUUUUAAAGAUUUGUAAGUUUGAGCAUUAUGGACACGUUUACGAACAAGUUCGAUCAAAUCAUUCGUCCGUACAUGGACAAAAUUGAUCAGGUGCGAUCAAUUCUAUCCGGCGGAGUGCAAGGAAUCACAUUCCCAACGGUGGUUGUUGUCGGCGAUCAAUCUAGCGGUAAAUCAACGUUGCUGGAAGCGCUUUCAUUGGUUGAAUUACCGAAAGGAAGCGGUAUUGUAACGCGGUGUCCAUUGGUGCUGAGAUUACGAACGGCUACAGAGAGGCGUGUCUAUCGAAUUCUCGGACAGAACGAGAAGACGCUGCUCAACGAAGACGAUUUGAACAUUUUGCAUUACAUCGAGGAAGAGACUGCGAAAUUAGCGGGUCAUCAAAAGAAUGUGGUGAAAGACCUGAUUGAAUUGCAGGUUGAAGAUCCAAAUGUUCGAGAUUUAACCGUUGUGGAUCUACCAGGAAUAGCUCGGAAUCCGGUUGCUGAUCAGCCGCGGGACAUCCACGCACAAACGACAAAUUUAAUUAAACAUUUCAUUCGUCAGGAAGGUUGCGUCAUCCUGUGCGUGUUUCCUGCCAAUGUCGAUGUGGCUACUGUGGAAUCGUUUACAUUAGCACGCGAGGUAGAUCCUUCAGGUACGCGAACGAUCGGAGUCAUCACCAAGUCUGAUCUUGCUCCUAACGCUGACGAUCUAUGCCGCCAACUGUUAAUGGAAAAUGAGAACGUGCUUCAAUUGAAACUGGGCUUCAUAGCUGUGCGUAAUCGUACAGCUGAUGAGAAAAUGACGUUGAAGGAAGCCAGAGAACGGGAAAAGCAUUUCUUUCGGGGUCAUCUUGCGUCAUCAGUUGUUGGAUCGGAUUGUCUCGGAAUCGAUGCUCUCAUCAAUCGUCUGGCCGAUUUGUAUGCUGAUCGUGUACAAAAAACGUUUCCUCAAAUGCGUAAAGAGGUGCAACAUAAAUUGGACCAAGUGCGCGAGCAGUUAAGUAAGUUUCCGGAGGCACUGGACUCGCCAAUUGCUCGGUUGGGCAAAUAUCACGAGUUGGUCGAUUUCUUUGUGGAGAAUGUUUUGAAGGUUCGCCUAUCGUUGGGCAAUGAAGACUCCAGUUUGGUCAACAUUCUGCAUGGCAAAUUUUCGAAAUUCGAGAAAAUUCUCAUCACGCAAAAGAAAGCGUUAGCGACCUGUCCAUACUUCGCGAAAGUUAAAAAUGCAAUGUCCACUUGUGCCGGUGAGCAGUUACCGAAUUUUUUGCCGAACACUCUGCUGAAACGUUUUGUUGAAGAGAAAAUCAACGAACUGUGGAGUACAACCAAAUCUCUGGUGAAUGAUUGCUUCUCCACAACACUGGGAUUUCUUUCGAUUGAUGAUGGACAACACAAGAGCAAUUACUUACUACAAAAACUUCAACCGGCCUUUUCCGAAGUGGUUCGCUUGCAUUUAAACGAGCAAAAGAAAAGUGCUCUCGAUCAGCUGCGAGGAUUGAUAGAUCUCGAGAAAAACGAUCCGUACACCAUGAACAAUUCUUACAUGGAAAUGGUUCAAACAUCGAAAGCAGAUCGACCAGCCAACUCCGAGGUAGAUAAUGAUGACCAAGGAGUAGACGACAUGAUCGACAGUAUUCGAUCAUAUUGGGAAGUCGUACGGAGACGGUUCUUGGACUAUGCCACACUGUCAAUACGAGAUCGGUUCGCAUUCUCUGUCUGCAAUGGAGUGCGUGAUCGCUUGCGAAACAUUCCGUCUGAACAGUGCGACUUCGUUGAUGGGUACUUGGCUGACGAUGCGGCCACUCGAGCUCAACGGGGAAAACUGCAGCAAACUUACGAUCAGCUGCAUAAGUGCCUGGAAAUACUGGGCGGACGCAAGUUAAUUGAUGGGAAUUCAAAUGUGGCUAUCGUCGAUGACAACGAACUUGACGCAAUAUUCGACAAGCUGAAUCAGAACGAAGAGGAAAAGAUACCGAAAAUGCUGUUCUCUUUGAAUGAUUUCCGUGUUAAUGGGGAGGACGAAGACGAUGCAUAGGAUGGAAGACCGACUGAUGUUUCGGUGUUAUUUUUCAAUUUUUUUAUGGUUACACACGACUCAUGUCACCUUCACCAUUGCGAAAUAAAGAUUUUAAGUUUUU